AUGAAUCAGGGGGAGUUCACAUCCGAAGGAGGGGCAGAGGUCUAUGCUGCUCAGAGCUAUCCGGAGAGGCCUCAAUCUGAACAGAGGCCCAUGUUUAAUCAGGGGCAACAGAGCUCCAACUCGGGUUGGAGAAAUCAGCAGAACUCGGGAUGGAGGAACCAAGCCCCUGGCCAAGGGUCGGGAUCAAACCAAGGUCACAUGCAAGGACAUGGGCAGAGUUCUCAAUUUUGUCAAGAGCCGCCGCUGUCGCGGCCGCCUUCUACAAUAGCCACCACCAAGGAAUCUUGCCAAGAAGUUCAGGCUGUGAUAGAAUUCUUGAAACCCCAGGUUGUCUUUUUGGAGCUGUGCUCUAGUCGUGUUGCGAUUCUUACGCCGCAAAACUUGAAGCGAAAAGCACUAGAUGACAAGUUAAAGGAAAAGGAGGAACGAGAAGCAUUUCAGGUUAAUAUUGGUGACUUCGGCUUGGCAGUUAUGAAGUGUGUGAUGCUUGAUUUGAAACUCCAAGGGAUUAGAGCAGGUGGGAACUCAGAUUUCAGUGAUGAAAUGGGCAAGGAACUUAGCCAAAUGAGUGUGGCAGCUGGGCUAAGGUUCUUGAACCGGGCAGCGCUGAAGAGUCUAGAAGAGUUUGGAAUAGAAGGUUCCAUGAAAAGUCCAUGGAAAAGAUGCUGCUAUUCUUGUCCCUGGUGAUGUAGUUUGUAUAAAAUUGGGCGAUAUUAAGAAGCUGGUGCUUGUAUGG